AUGCCAAGAACAACAAAGAUAAAUAUUUUGGAAUAUUGGAGAAGGCAUCGGGUUCGAUAUCCCGAUCUUACUACUAUGGCACGAGAUAUAUUGAUUAUUCUUGUUUCCAUCGUAGCUUCCGAGUCUGCAUUUAGUGUUGGAGGUAAAGUUCUUGAUCAACAUCGAAGCUCCCUCAAAUCCGACGUUACGGAAGAAAUUAUUUGUACCAAAUAUUGGUUAUUCGGAGAAGCUAAUUAUAAUGUUGGUGAUGUGGUGAACGAAGUUGUCAUUUUGGAUAUCAACGAGGAGCCUAAUCCGGUUAAAAGUUCAACCUCUUGUAUGGUUAAUACGGUUAAUAGUUAG